AUGUCCGCGCAGUCCACCGACGAGCUCGUCUCGGAGGGCAACUGGUUCGGCGACGACUACGGCCGCAUGUUUGGCAACGCGGCUUCGCUUCGCGAUGAAGUGAAGCCGAGGGGCGGCGAGGCGGCCGACGACCUGGAUCGACAAUUUCAUCCGUACCAGGACGAUGGGAAAAGGCCCCCCGUUGCUAUGGAAACUGCAUCUACAGGUGACCCAAUGUCAGGCCUGUUUAGGAAGCCCAUGAAUGAUGACGGUGACGUGUACACCUCCUUGCUAUCCAAUCAGAGCUUUACAUCAGGUCGAGAAUCUUCCUACCUGUCUGACAACGUGAAGGCCUCCUCUGGAUCCCCCGUCCUGGACCACUUCUCCACUGGCACGUACGACUUCAGCUCCAGCACCAAGAGCAUGUCCGACCCGUCCAACGACAUGCCUAAGUCUCUGAUGGGUUCAGAAAAGACAGAAUCCUACAACUACAUGGACAUAAGCCACGGGGAUGAUCGCCACGACCAACAGCAGGGGGCGCUGCACAGCCUGGUGAACACAGGAUCAACCGGCCCCGACUCUCUGGGUAGCUACAUUGAGAAGAACCCUGGAAGAGAAGAUGAGGAAGAAGAUGAGAACCUCGGUUCAGCCUUGGGGUCCCAUUCCUUCCCCUACGUGGAGGAGCCGUCUGAUGAGGAGCUGUCGGACUACCGCUCCUACCGGAACCUCGGAGGCACGCCGCAGUCAGCUAGCCCCGUGAAGAUCACCCUGACCGAGUCGCAGGCUCCGGCAUCCAAGGCUGAGCCUCAGCAGCGUCCCCCUCCUACCACUGGGAGUGACCGUGAGAAUGUGCUCAGUGUGGGCCUGCAGGGGGUCCCCACGGUGACCCUGUCAGAACCAGAGGAUGAGAGCCCCGCCUCCACUCCCAACGCUUCACCUACACAAAAAGAAUUCCCUUCCCAUGAUGUGUUCAAGGCUGACCCAGUGAAGUCUUCAGCUCCCAAAUAUAGUCCAGGCCCACAGUUCAGUGACAGGGACCAGGAUGGUAGCAGUGCAGAGUCUGGCGACUCCGAGAUUGAGUUAGUGUCUGAGGAGCCUCCCAAGGCCAGUAGCAACCCGUUUGCCGAGCCACCUAAAAGUAAGGGCACCUUCAACCAGUCCAGCAGCCCCUUUGACAGCCCCCCGGUUGUUUCCAAGAUUGGUAUUGGCCCGGCUGGCAACCACACCCCAGCGGCCUACAGCAUUCUGCGUGAGGAGAGAGAGGCGGAGCUUGACAGCGACCUCUUCAUUGAGUCCGCAUCUGAAGAAAGUCCGAAAAGAGAGCAAGGUGUCGGAGGGCCUAAUGUGGGACCCAGCCCUCCCUCUCCCCUGGCUGCCAGUGUCCCUACCGCCCGCAGCGUGCCAGCCGAGCCCCCGGUCACAGACAAGGUCAAAGCGGAAGACGAGCGCCUGAGCAAGCCCAAGCCUCCGACUGCUACUGUGCCCCCAGAGGUGCGUCCAGACAAGUUCAAUCUAGAGGACAAGAAGACCAAUGACGACAAAGUGGAUCUCGGGAAAUCGCCGGCUACCUUCCUCCUGGAAGGUUUGAACAAACAAAAAGCUAUUGACCUGCUCUACUGGAGGAAUGUGAAGCAGUCAGGAGCUGUGUUCGGCAGCGCGCUUCUGCUCCUCUUCUCUCUGACCCAGUUCAGCGUGGUCAGCGUCGGAGCUUACUUAGCCCUGGCUGCCCUCUCUGCCACCAUCAGCUUCCGCAUCUACAAAUCUGUGCUCCAGGCUGUGCAGAAAACCGAUGAGGGGCAUCCUUUCAAAGGCUACCUGGAGAUUGAAAUCUCUCUGUCCCAGGACCAAGUUAGCAAAUAUGCUGACAAAAUCCUCCUCUACACCAACACCUGCAUGAAGGAGCUGCGCAGGCUUUUCCUUGUUCAAGAUCUGAUUGACUCUUUGAAGUUUGCUGUGCUGAUGUGGCUUCUGACCUACGUGGGCGCUCUCUUCAACGGCCUGACACUGCUCAUCCUAGCUGUGGUUUCCAUGUUCACUAUGCCUGUGGUCUAUGAGAAGCACCAGGCACAGAUAGAUCAGUAUGUGGGACUAAUACGGACCCACGUCAACUCUGUGGUGGGGAAGAUCCAAGCAAAGAUUCCCGGGGCAAAGAGAAAGGAGGAGUAGACCCGAGUACAUCUCAUGGAGGAGGCUCACUCACGCUUGAAGAGCCCGGUCAACAUCAGAGGGGCGUCAUGCGUUGUCAUCUUGGCAUUCUCUAAAAAGCAUCCCACUAGAGAAACAUUCACCCUGUCUAGAGCAGUGUAAACACUAACAACACACAAUCACACAUUCAUCAUGCCUCUAGGUAGACAAGUUCACGACUCAAAAAGCUAAAAAGACAACCUUUUUUUUUUUGUGUUUAGUAUUCUAAAGUAAAAAGCAUGAAGUGGAGCCUUGGGUAAAUAUUUGAUAUCUUUCGUGCUGUUUUGAAAAUCCAUGCUACAUUUUCGCUUUUGCAGUGCUUACCACAAACAGUACGAUGUGGCACAAAAAAAAAAAAAACUACAGCUAAGUGGCCACAGUCUUACAGUCUGCUACCAAUGUUCACUGCUUCAUGUUCAAGUAAGCAGAUGGGGGCUUCUCUUGGUGUGUGUGAAUGAAUGUUACAUACACAUAAUAUAUUCACACACAAUUUGUUUUUGGUGUUUCCAAGCACAAACUAAUUAAAUAUAUGCGUCUUAGAUGUGGUAUUUGUAGGUUUUUGCUUUUGUAUACCAAUAAGGAACAAUACACACGCUUAUGUUGUGGGUACUGUUGUACAACUACUAUGAAGACAAGGAGUAUCUGGUGAUAUUAAGCUUGUUUGAAUAACUGUCCAACUUUGUACUAUAUUCUACUAUACUGUGUAGUUCUCUAGACCCCCGGACUCUAACUAUUUGCACUUACACUAUGUAUUUAAUUACAAGACCAUGACAAAAUAAAUGUAUCGUGAUGGAUAACA